AUGGAUUUACAACGUGCCAGCGUCCCGACGCGCAACCAAUAUGACCGCGUACGCCAAAUACAGGCCGUUGGCAACUUUCACAAGGCGAUAUGGCUCCUCAGGAACAAAACAACCGGCCAGCUUGCUGUGCGCAAGGAAUUCGAUCCCGGAGACGUUGCGUCAGGUUUCGUCGCGCGCGAGAUAAGCCAUCUCAUAUGUCUAUCGAACUGCCCUAAUAUCUGCACCUACCGCGAGCAUGAGCUGAACUUGGCAACAGGUACUGGCGCACUCGUCAUGGAUGUGUACGCCUACGGCGAUCUAUGGACUUUGCUCGAAAAGCAUGUCAACCAGCGCAAACCGUUCCACGAAGGCUUCAUCUGGCACGUCUUCAGGUCGCUAGCCCGGGCUCUCCGACAUAUGCAACGAGGCGACCCUCCAGUUCUGAACGACACAUGUGACUGGAUAAUUCACCGAGACAUCUACCCGCGCAAUAUCUUUCUCGGUCUUCCUGCCUCUCACGAACCGUCAUGGCCGAAAGUCGUUCUCGGAGACUUUGGCUCGAGCAUAUCGAGUGUUGAUCAGUGGCAAACCAUUGAGCUGCGACAGCAACAGGAUUUCAGUCCACCGCCUUUCGAAAUGCCGAACAAAAAAAGAAGUGAUGUAUUUCAGGUAGGAUUGGUUAUCGUUGCGCUGUGUAGAUUGACCACGAUGCCGAGCCUUUACUUGCAGUCGUUUCAAGGUAGCCCAGCUGGGUCAACUUACACACCUAUGCUCAACGAUAUUUUGAAGAGAUGUCUAGAAAUGCUACCGGUGAAUCGCGUACCUGCGAUGGAGCUACAUCAGGUGUUGAAUACUCGUUUCAUCGGUGGUGGUAGUUUACAUGGCUUGUUGCUUGGAGCGCCAAUGUACCAGGCUUAG